AUGGGUUGCACUUCAGCAAAGGGAACUGGUAAAUCUAAGCAAGAAAAUGGGGAUAUAGCAGCAAACAAGUAUGUUUAAGAAAAUUAAAAACCUUAAAAUGUUGAAGAUAUUAAGGACUUCCACUUUUCUUCUGGAGACAUGGUCGGAGAAAAGAUGGGAAAAAUUAACAAAGAUUACACAUUGAUGAAUCCACCUCUAGGAAAAGGAGCCUUUGGUGAAGUUAGAAGAGCAGUUCAUAAGUAGACAUAGAUUUUAAGAGCUGUCAAAAUCAUUAGCAAACAGCAAACACCUAAAGAAGAGCAAAUCCGUUUGAAAAACGAAGUCGAAAUUUUAAAAUCGCUGGAUCACCCAAAUAUUAUAAAAGUAUUUGAAUUUUAUUAAGACACCCGCUUUUUGUACAUAGUAACAGAACUAUGCUAAGGUGGAGAGCUCUUUGACAAAAUUAUUGAUGAAAAGUAAUUUACUGAAAAUAAGGCUGCAGAAACUAUGAAGUAAAUUCUUGGAGCUGUAAAUUACUGUCACUCUAAAAAUAUAUGUCACAGAGAUUUAAAACCAGAAAAUAUUCUCUAUGAAUCGAAUAAGCCCGGUGCAUUAAUUAAAUUAGUAGAUUUUGGUACUUCUAUUGCUUACAAUCCAUAAGAAAAAAUGAAGCAAUAAUUCGGUACUCCCUAUUAUAUAGCUCCUGAAGUUUUAGAAAGAAAAUAUGAUAAUAAAUGCGAUAUAUGGUCUUGCGGUGUCAUUUUGUAUAUUCUUUUGUGUGGAUAUCCACCAUUCAAUGGUUCAAGCGAUUAAAUGAUUACUGAUAAAGUUAAGCUAGGAAAAUUUGGUUUUGAUACAGACGAAUGGAACUAUGUUUCAAAAGAGGCAAAAGAGUUCAUAUGUAAAAUGUUGGAAAAAGAUCCCAAAAAAAGAAUUUCUGCUUAUGAUGCACUUAAUGAUCCUUGGAUUUAGAAGUAUUCAGAAAAAACAAAUUAUGAUAUGCCUACAUUAGUUAAUUCUCUUAACAACAUGAGAAAUUUUAGGGCUGAGAAAAAGCUAUAAGAAGCCACUUUGAUGUUCUUCGUUAACCACUUAGCAACUAAAGAAGAAAAAAAUGAACUUCUAAAAAUAUUUUAGGCUCUAGAUACUAAUCGUGAUGGAAGACUUAGUAGAGAAGAACUCAUAAAUGGUUAUAGGAAAAUUUUGAAUUAAGGCUAAGAAGAAAUAGCUGAAGAAGAAGUAAAUAGAAUUAUGAAUGCAGUUGACACAAAUCAUUCUGGCUCAAUUGAUUAUACAGAAUGGGUAAUGGCAACUAUUAACAGAGAAUAAUUGUUAUCUAAAUAAAGAUUGGAUGUUGCUUUUAAAAUGUUCGAUAAAGAUGGAAGUGGUACUCUUUCAAUAGAUGAAAUCAGAGAUCUCUUUGGUAAUCAAAUAGGAAUAUCUGAAAAAGUAUGGAGGGAAAUGCUCACUGAGGCAGAUGAUAACGGAGAUGGAUAGAUUUCUUUCAAAGAGUUUAAAGACAUGAUGCUUAAACUGGUUGACAAUCAAUAACAAUCAUUAAUGCAAGAAUUAAAAUAGAUUGAAAACUAAAAUCAAGAGUGA